AUGUCAUCCCUGCAAAUGACCCUCCUCACUUUACCAGUGAAAAUCCAACUCCAAAGCAAUAAUUGCAUUUUCCCACUACAAUCAGAUUUCUUACCUCCUAAAAGCAGAAACAAAUUCACCAUUUCUGUUAUUUGCUCUAAUCCGGGACCUCACAAAUUGGUUCCAGAUCGCAAGUUAGACAAACAUGUUGUAAAAAACAACAAUAUUAGGUUCGUACACAAGCUUAAAACACUCUUACUUUCAAAACCAAAGCAUUUCAUGCCUAUCAAUGUUCUCUCCAAAUGCCGCGGCUAUUUGACUCUUCCUAAACCUCGCUCUAUUCUUUCAAUGAUCCAGCGUUAUCCAACAAUAUUUGAGCUAUUCACUAUACCAACACCGCCUACACCCUUCAAUGCCACUAAACCACUUUCUCAGCUCUGUGUUCGACUCACUCCACCUGCUGCUGCCCUCCUUCGUAAAGAAUUCGAACUGAAAUCGGCUCAUUCUGUUUUCUUGGCUGCUAAGUUACAGAAGCUUCUAAUGCUUACGACGCAUCAUAGGUUAUUGCUGUCCAAGCUAGUUCACAUUGCGCCUGAUCUUGGUUUGCCUGUUAAUUUCAGGUCUCGCCUUUGCAAUGAUUACCCUGAUAAGUUUCAGAUUGUUGACACAUCUUAUGGUCGUUCUCUUGAGCUUGUUUCUUGUGAUCUAGCUCUAGCGAAUGCUUUACCGUCUCGUGAAGUUGACCAUGUUUCACUUGGAUUGAUUGUAGAUCGGCCAUUAAAGUUCAAGCAUUUACAACUUCGAAGGGGACUAAAUUUGAAGAGACGGCAUGAAGAGUACCUUAUAAAGUUUAAAGAAUUACCGGAUGUAUGUCCUUAUAAGACUAGAGUGAAUGAUUUCUAUAAAGAGUCGAUUAAUGCUGAGAAGAGGGCUUGUGCAGUGGUGAGAGAAGUUUUGGGGAUGAUGGUUGAGAAGAGGACUUUGGUUGAUCACUUAACACAUUUUAGAAAGGAGUUUGGUUUGCCAAACAGAUUAAGGGCUAUGCUAAUAAGGCACCCUGAGUUGUUUUAUGUCAGUAAGAAGGGGCAGAGAGACUCGGUCUUUCUGGUAGAAGGGUACGAUGAUAGAGGCAAACUUUUGGAGAGGGAUGAAAUGCUGGUCAUGAAAGAUCACCUGAUGGAGCUUGCUAGGAAGGGAAAGCAAAUGAGAAGAGAAACAAGGAAAGGUUUUGCAAAAGGUGAUGUGAAUGAGUAUUUUAAUCAAACGGGUGAUGAUGGUGAAGUUGAUGACGAUGACUACUUUGAACACUAUGAUGGUUUAGAUAAAUUGUUUGAAGUUGAAGAAUUUAAUUCAGGGAAUGGUACAGAUGAUGCUGAUGAUGAUGGAUAUUUUGAUUUUGAUGAUGGCUCUGACCGUGAUGAAAGCACUAAAUUAUGGGCUAUCCAAGAUGAAACACAGUUCUGGACAACUGAGGUGCAUACUGGUGGAGAUUCAGCACCUUGGUAGUCUUUCCAUUUUGGUGAUUGCUACUUGU